AUGCUCAAACCGCUGCUCCUCUUCCACCUCAUCACCGGCUCACUGGCCUACAACGUCUAUUGGUAUGACAAGACCCAAACGUACCAAAACCGCCAAACAAUGGUGCAUCUAUUCGAGUGGAAAUGGACGGAUAUUGCGAAAGAGUGCGAGGAUUUCCUUCAGUAUUACGGGUAUGGGGCAGUGCAAGUGUCUCCGCCAAUGGAGCACUUGAAAGCGUUUCCGAACAACAACUAUCCGUGGUGGGUGAGAUAUCAGCCGGUCAGUUACAAACUCGAAUCGAGGAGUGGCAGCGAGGAGGAGUUCAAGGACAUGGUGAAUCGGUGCAAUAAAGUCGGAGUGAGGUGAGUGAAUGUGUGCGUUCUUCGGGUAGAAAAAGGGCAACUUCAGAAUCAUCGUCGACGUCGUCAUGAAUCAUAUGGUUGGAGUUGGACAAAAGAGCGGGAGCAAUGCGGUUUCCUCUUCGGGCGGAUCCACUUUUGAUGGUACUCACGGCGUGCAAUCCUUCCCUGAAGUGCCGUACUCUCUGGAAGACUUUAACAAUGCAAAGUGUGAUGGUGACAUUCAAGGAUCGGAUUACCAGAACAGCGCGGAACAUGUGAGACAGGAAAUGCAAUUUCGAAGUACACAAUGUCGAAUUCCAGGUCAAAGACUGUCGCUUGGUGGGUCUUCUGGACCUGAAUCAGGGUUCCGCGUCUGUCCGCGCCAAGAUUAUCGCUUAUUUGGACAAACUCAUUGACUACGGAGUGGCCGGAUUCCGUCACGACGCCUCGAAACACAUGUGGCCGGAGGACAUUCUCAACAUUCUCAACGGCGUCAAGGACUUGAGAGCCGACGUGAGGAGAAAUGCCCACCCGUUCUAUUAGUGCAUCUUCUGAUUCCAGCUUUUCGGCUCCAACCAACGACCAUUCGCAGUGCACGAGGUGAUCGACAGAGGCGGUGAGGCAGUGAAGUGUGCCGACUACCUGGGCGACGGAAGAUACACCAACUUCAACUUCGGAGCCGCUGUCUCUCAGGCGGCGAAGCAACAAUCGGACUGGAAGAAUCUGGCGAAUCUCGGGCCUGGAUACGGUUACGGUAACAACGAGGAUCACGAUGUGCUCAACUUCAUCGACAACCACGACAACCAAAGGGAUUCCAACCCGUAUGUGGUCACCUACAAAGAUGGAUACAAGUACAAACUUGCGGUGAGUUUCAUGCUCGCCUGGACCUACGGAUAUCCACGUGUCAUGAGCAGUUUCGACUUUAGCUACUCCGAUCAAAGCCCUCCGCAUCAGGGAGCGUCGAAUGACUACGCGGUGAGAAUCCGAAUAUCAUCGAUGAUUCCAAUACCUCCUGUUCAGACCACAAGCCCUCAAUUCAACAGCGACAAAACGUGCGCGAGCAGCUCCGGAUGGGUUUGUGAGCACAGAUGGCCGGAAGUACGCGAGAUGGUCAAGUUCCGGAGCUCCGUGCAGGGAACCGCCGCCGCCGCCAUCGCCACUGACAACCAGAGGAUCGCCUUCGCUCGCGACGGUGCCGGAUUCUUUGCGUUGAACCAACAAGGAGGGGCUUGGAAUAAGUGGGACCGUAAUCCCAAUCAAUUAUGAAAUACACUUUUGGCUCAGAAUCUUCUCGACCACCCUACCGGCUGGCGACUAUUGCGAUCAUUACACCGGCGGAAUCAGCAAUGGAAAAUGUGUGGGAACCAAGAUCACCGUGAAAGAUGAUCGUGAGUUUUGAUAUCUUCAUAUUCAAAGAGAGAGUUCCAUUCCAGAAACCGCGUACCUGUCGGUCCCGUCCAACUCGGUCGUCGCCAUUUCGCUGAGCUCCAAACUCACACCAUACGUGCCUCCCGCCCCGCCUUCUGGCUACAGUACUACCGUCAUUCUUCUCAAGAAGGACACGCAGCCUGGCCAGAAUCUGUUCAUCAGAGGAGGAACCAGCAGCUCUCAUAAUGGACGUAAGCGAAAUUCCCAUUGAGAGUCAUCUGUGACACAGAAGCCCUUUCCAGAAUGUUCCACUGGUCCCUACCAACAGUCGAGUGACGCUUGCGCCAUUCCAGUCUAUCACAACACUACUGUUCCGUUCGUUUACGCGGAAUAUCUGUCUUGGAGCCAACAAGACAACUACCUCGAUUUCGAGGGAGCCGAAAUCAAACAGGGAACCCACGAUGGCGCGGCGGCGUUCGGAACCCCUUUGGCCUACUCGACCAACGAUAAAACUGCCGUCGAAUACCAACCUUACAACAAAUACGGCCCUGGGUACUGGAUUGUCGUGCUGAAGAUGGACUGCUCGAAAGCAGAGUCCGGAUGGUUUGAAGUGAAGGGCUACGAGUCUCCGAGCAUUGGAUGGGAAGGCGACGUCAAACAGGGCUCUUGCUCCGGCUCUAUUGGAGGCUCCGCCCCCUUCAGCUCUGUCAACCACGUGGCAAAGUGUGGAGCCGUCAGCGUGUUCACCUGGGGAUCAGGAAACUGUAUUAUCGACUCUGCAUAA